AUGAAGCUCAGUGGCAUAAUCACGGAAUUGCCCCCGUCUCUCACACACUCUCUCUCUCCCGCGCGUCCUCUCUCUCUCUCCUCUGGUUUCGCGACCGCCACCGUGGCCGGCCACGUUUUGGCCGGCCGUUCGUCAUCCGGCCACCAAAGUCGGGUCGGGGACCGGUCCCAAAAUGACCGGCCUGACUUCGCCGUCCUACCCCACCCAGUCUCCGCUGUCAGCCGCAGCGAUACCGCCGGAAAGUGCAGAAAAACGGCCGGUUUUUACCCAGAUUUUCCGGAGCUCGUUCCGACGAUUCCGGCCACCAAAUCUUUGCGAUCAAGGCAACUCGAUUUACGAAUUGGGUUUCGGCCGGAUUUCGGGAUGAGAUUCCGGCCACUUCCGGUCAGAUUUUGGGGUACGUCCAAGAACAAAAGUGACUCCAAAUUAGGUGUUUUACCUAGGGUAGGAGUCUUGAGCCGUGAUUUGUGGUUUUUCCGGCGAUGUGAUAUCGCUUUGGACACCCACGCGCUGCCGGCGCGUGUGGCGGCGCGUGGGCACUGUAGCUGA